AUGCUAGAUGUUGUGUGCUGGAUGGUGGAUGUUGUGUAUUGGAUGGGUGGAUGUUUUGUGUUAGAUAGUGGAAUUUUUGUGUUGGAUGGUGGAUGUUUUGUGCUGCUUAGUGGAUGUUUUGUGCUGCUUAGUGGAUGUUGUGUGCUGGAAGGUGGAUGUUGUGAGUUGUGCUGGAUGGUGGAUGUUGUGUGCUGUGCUGGAUGGUGGAUGUUGUGUGCUGUGCUGGAUGGUGGAUGUUGUGUGUUGUGCUGGAUGGUGGAUGUUGUGUGUUGUGCUGGAUGGUGGAUGUUGUGUGUUGUGCUGGAUGGUGGAUAUUGUGUGCUGUGCUGUACUGGAUGGUGGAUGUUGUGUGCUGUGCUGGAUGGUGGAUGUUGUGUGCUGUGCUGGAUGGUGGAUGUUGUGUGCUGUGCUGGAUGGUGGAUGUUGUGUGUUGUGCUGGAUGGUGGAUGUUGUGUGCUGUGCUGGAUGGUGGAUGUUCUGUGCUGUGCUGGAUGGUGGAUGUUGUGUGUUGUGCUGGAUGGUGGAUGUUGUGUGCUGUGCUGGAUGGUGGAUGUUGUGUGCUGUGCUGGAUGGUGGAUGUGUGCUGUGCUGGAUGGUGGAUGUUGUGUGCUGUGCUGUGCUGGAUGGUGGAUGUUGUGUGCUGUGCUGUGCUGGAUGGUGGAUGUUGUGUGCUGUGCUGUGUUGGAUGGUGGAUGUUGUGUGCUGUGCUGUGCUGGAUGGUGGAUGUUGUGUGCUGUGCUGUGCUGGAUGGUGGAUGUUGUGUGCUGUGCUGUGCUGGAUGGUGGAUGUUGUGUGCUGUGCUGUGCUGGAUGGUGGAUGUUGUGUGCUGUGCUGUGCUGGAUGGUGGAUGUUGUGUGUUGUGCUGGAUGGUGGAUGUUGUGUGCUGUGCUGGAUGGUGGAUGUUGUGUGCUGUGCUGGAUGGUGGAUGUGUGCUGUGCUGGAUGGUGGAUGUUGUGUGCUGUGCUGUGCUGGAUGGUGGAUGUUGUGUGCUGUGCUGUGUUGGAUGGUGGAUGUUGUGUGCUGUGCUGUGCUGGAUGGUGGAUGUUGUGUGCUGUGCUGUGCUGGAUGGUGGAUGUUGUGUGCUGUGCUGUGCUGGAUGGUGGAUGUUGUGUGUUGUGCUGGAUGGUGGAUGUUGUGUGCUGUGCUGGAUGGUGGAUGUUGUGUGCUGUGUUGGAUGGUGGAUGUUGUGUGCUGUGCUGGAUGGUGGAUGUUGUGCGCUGGAUGCUGUUUUUGUCGAAAGCGUAUGGUGUAAAGUAG